AUGGCGUCUGCUUUAAUUGUUAUUGUAGCAAUAGUAGUAAUUUUAUUGACAGCAUGGCUGUUUAAGCAAGAGAAAAUAAGAUUACAUUUUGACAAAUUAGGGGGGCCGGCGUCAAUUCCAAUUCUCGGCAAUGUUCAUCAACUGAAGAGCGAUUCGUAUGGUAUAACGAAACAGUUGUAUGGCUUCUUUAAGGAGUUUGGCUGUAAAAGGGCAUUCCGUAUUCUAAUUGGCAAUCACCCGAUGGUUUUUGUGUGUUGCCCAGAGGAGGCUGAGAAGUUAUUGAACACGACUAAGCACCUAGACAAGUCUUCAGAUUAUCAAUUUAUGCAGCCAUGGAUAGGAACCGGUCUUUUGGUCAGUACUGGAAACAAAUGGAAAUCCAGAAGAAAACUCCUGACGCCAACAUUCCAUUUCAAAAUCUUGAAUGACUUCGUUGAAGUCUUUAACAAGCAUUCUGGUACGCUUGUUACAAAGCUGAGGAAGAGUGCUGAUGGAAUUACGGAAAUCAACAUUGCUGACGACAUGACUCUUUGUGCAUUGGAUAUAAUUUGUGAGACUGCAAUGGGACGAAAUGUGAAUGCUCAAAUGAACAGUGAUUCAGACUAUGUCAAAGCUGUUCAUACGGUGUCAGUACUGACACUUGCACGAGUUCGAUCCCCAUGGCUGUGGCCAGAUUUCGUGUUCAAUUUAAGUAAGACUGGCAAGGAAUAUGCCAAAUGCCUUCGAGUCCUUCAUGGGUUUACAGAGAAGGUUAUCAAAGAGAGACAAACAGAUUUCGAAAAAGAAAUAGUAGAUGGAACAACGGUGGAAAAUUUGAUUGAACGCCAAAACGAAGAAAUAGAUGGCAAAAAGAAACGACUAGCAUUUCUUGAUAUGCUUUUGUGUGCAAAAUGUGAUGAGAAACCGCUUUCAUUUUUGGACAUUAGGGAAGAAGUAGAUACAUUUAUGUUUGAGGGUCAUGACACCACCGCCAUGGCAUCAAAUUGGGCUAUCCAUUUAAUAGGAGCCGACUCGGAGGUGCAGAAGAGAGUGCACCAAGAAUUAGAUUUAAUAUUUGGUGGCAGUGAUCGAGAGACGACUAUGGAUGAUCUCAAAGAAAUGAAGUACCUCGAAUGUUGUAUAAAAGAGUCGCUAAGGCUUUAUCCAUCUGUAAUGCUGUUCGGACGGAGCCUAACUGAAGAUUGCACAAUAGCUGAUGUUUGUGUACCAAAAGGAACAACGACGCUAAUAGUUCCUGCUGCAAUGCACAUGCGCGAUGACUUAUUUCCGGAUCCGGAGAAAUUUAACCCUGAUAGAUUCUUACCAGAGAACUGUACGAAAAGGCAUCCGUAUGCUUUCAUCCCGUUUUCUGCAGGAUCAAGAAAUUGUAUAGGUCAAAGAUUUGCUAUUCUGGAAGAGAAAGUGAUCCUCUCGUCUGUAUUCAGAGAGUUUUUUGUGCGAAGUACCCAAGAAAGGGACGACCUUUAUCCAAUGAUGGAGCUGAUAUUGAGACCUGGAAACGGCAUUAAAGUUGUACUUUCGCCAAGGUGCUAGUGAAUAGUUGUUGAAGAUAUCAUUUCAUUGUCAGUGUAUGUUCUAAUUGAAACUGUCUGUAAUUAAUAGAUAAUU